AUGCAACAAAAUAUUAGUGUUGGUCAACAACAACAACAAGCCUUCACUAAUUAUUAUGAACAACAACAACCAUCAUCAUCUAAUAACAAUAUAAUAACAUCAUCAUCAUCAUCAUUUAAUUCUAAUAUUAACAAUAAUAUUAAUUCUAAUAAUAAUAAUAGAAUGAAUCAAAAAGAAAUAUAUACAUAUAAUUCAGAUUGGAUGAUAUAUUCACUUUCAUGGUCAGUUAGAAGAGAUGAAAAGUAUAGACUUGCAAUUGGAUCAUUUAUAGAAGAAUAUAGAAAUAAAGUAGAUAUAAUUAAAUUAAAUAAUGAUAAUAUAUUAGAAAGAGUUGCACAAUUUGAACAUCCAUAUCCUGCUACUAAAAUACAAUUUCAUCCUUCUGCUUCUAUUAAUAAUCCUGAUUUAAUUGCUACUUCAGGUGAUUAUUUACGUUUAUGGAAUAUUAAUAAUAAUAAUUCAACAACUAGUACUAGUAAUAAUAAUAUGAAUGUGAAUAAUGUGAAUAAUGUGAAUAAUAAUAAUAACAUUUCAUCACAACAACAACAACAAACAGUUCAAACAGUACAAAAAUAUCAUACAUUUAAUAAUGAUAGUUCAAGUGAAUUUUGUGCACCAUUAACAAGUUUUGAUUGGUGUGAAUAUAAUCCUAAUAUGAUUGGUACUUGUUCAAUUGAUACAACAUGUACAAUAUGGGAUAUUCCAACAGGUAAAUCUAAAACACAACUCGUUGCACAUGAUAAAGAAGUUUAUGAUAUUUCAUUUAAAGAUGAAAAUAUAUUUUGUACAGUUGGUGCAGAUGGUAGUUUGAGAAUGUUUGAUUUACGUUCAUUAGAACAUUGUUCAAUUUUAUAUGAACAUGAACAAUUACAACCUUUAUUAAGAUUAGCAUGGAACAAACAAGAUCCAAAUUAUAUUGCUACCAUUUCAAUGGAUUCAAAUAUUAUUGCUAAAGUGGAUAUGCCUAGAAAGCGGCUUAUAAGAUUAGUGGCAUUACCUUCCUAUUUAAAUAACCAUAAAGUGGGAAUGUGA